CUCACGCGUUGUCCACACUCCAACCGCACCAAUAUCUCCAGGGUAAGGGAGGAGCGGCGAUCCGUCGGUGGCGAGGAGGACGACCAUGGCCGACGGGCAGGACCUGGGUGACGCGGCUGCCGUGGAACCUGACCCUCUCCCUAAUCCUGAGGAAGGGCGUACAGAUCUGGAAGAGGGAGGCGAGGGCGAAGCCGCCGCCGGCGGCGGCGGCGAGGAAGAAGAGGACGUCGACGUCGACGGCCUCGCUAGUUUCCUCGAAUUUGAGAUCCUCUCCGGAUCCGGCGCGGAGGAUCCUCCCGAUCAGGAUGAGGAAGAGAAGGAGGAGCCGGUGAAAGACGAUGUUAGGAAGGGCAAGAGGAAGCAAGAUUCGCAGUCGGACGGUGAUGGCAGCGGCAGCGAGGAGGAACAUCAGAAGAGGGCGAGGAGGGAGAAGGGAAAAGGGAAGGCUUUGACUCCCGUGCAGCCUCGGAUCGACACGGGGACGUUCAGCAAUGUUCCCCCAGAGCUGUUCCUGCAGAUCUUCAAGUUCCUCUCGUCCGAGGACCUCAUCUCCUGUGCCCUGGUGUGCCGCUUCAUGAACGCCGCCGCAUCUGACGAGACUCUUUGGCGCCGCUUGUAUUGUAUGAGGUGGGGCCUGUCCUCUAAUGCUAUCUCUCAUGCUAAACUCCGGGAGUGUGCUUGGAAGAAUCUCUAUAUUCAGCAAGACAGAGAAGAUAUGGUUGAAUUCGUGAGAUAUACCCCUACAGAAUUCAAAGAGUACUAUAUCCAGAUGCAGGCUGCAAAAAGAAGCCAAGCCCCCCUUCCCUCAGAAGUCAACGAUGACAAGGUUAUUCUUGAUAAGACAAUAGCUGAUCAGGUGUCUAGUUGGAAAAGCAGCAGAGGCCUUACCGAGGAUGCAGUCAAGGGGCAUUCUUGUUCUGGAAGUACUUGCUUAUAUACCCAGAUUGGUGAUGCUUACAUUUGUGAGAAGACUGGUCGUGUGCAUGUCUGUGAUGAUGCCUGUCGUGAAUUUGUUUUGGACCAAUCUAGUGGGUUACUUGUCUGUACGAUAUCUGGGCACUGCUUCGAGAGAUUUUUAUGUCCUGAUGACGAAUGGGACACUUGUGAUACUGAUCAGCAGCAAGGUGGUGUGACUGAUGAAGCAGAGCCAUUCCUGGGAUCUGGACGCUUUGCUCGUGCUUAUCUGUUGGGCUACAACUGCGCUGAUGAGAAGGAACUUGAAUAUGCCUUGCGGUUCUGCUGAUACGCUCAUGGGGAUUUGAUCCUAAACUCUUGCCGGCUAGGUCUGGCAAGAUGGAAUAAGUGGCAACAAGCUGUGUUCUUUGUUUUGCUUAAUUUCAACAUUCCAUGCAUGGAGUACAAAAUCAGCAGAAAUACUACACUUCAGAGUGACAUUCUGAUCUGUUUUGAUCAGUUGAGGGAGCUGAUAUGUUGUUGUAUAGUUUCGUGAAUUAUGAAGAUGUAGCAAUAAGUCAUUGUAAUCCUCAGCGUGCCUAUUUGUUUUGUUAAAUUAUUUCUAAACUACUAGCUGGUGGUAGCCAACACUAGCAGUAGCGGUGCAAGUGCAUUUAGCGGUCGA